AUGGGUUGUUGCUUAACAAAAUAAAAGAACCAACUAAAACCAACUAAAACAUAUAAAUACAUUAAGAGAAAUAAUCAAAAUGAGAAAAAAGAAGAACUUGAAUAAUCAUUUAUUAAAAUUGUAGAAGUUAUAAUAAUUGAUAAUAAAGUAGAAGAGCUAGAGAGACAUUCACUUAAAUCAGAUUAAGAGUAUAAUAAUUAUAAUAUUAUUUAAAGUAUUCAUAAUUGGGAAUAGGGAGAAGUAUUAGGAUAAGGUGCUUUUGGAAAAGUAGUAAUGGGACUCUAGAAAAAUGGAUAGAUAAUGGCAGUCAAAUAAGUUUAUAUAUAAAAUCAAAAUGAUGAUGUAAUAUAUGUAAAUAGUGUAGAAAGUUAAGCAAUUAUAAAAAGAAAUUGAAAUGUUGAGUAAAUUAUAGCAUCCAAAUAUUGUACGUUAUAUAGGAUGCGAAUAAAAAAAUCAAUUCAUUAAUAUAUUCUUGGAAUAUGUAAGUGGAGGUUCAGUAUAAACGUUGCUAGAAAGAUUUGGUUGUUUUAAAGAGAGACUAAUUAAAACAUAUUUGAAAUAAAUACUGUUAGGAUUAAGUUAUUUACAUGGAAAGAAUGUGAUACAUCGUGAUAUAAAGGGAGGAAAUAUAUUGAUUGAUAAUUCUGGUCGAUGUAAGCUAGCAGGUAUAUCAAGAUUUGAAUUCUAGAUUUUGGAAGUAGUAAAUAAUUAAAUGAUUUAACACAUGAUAGUGUAGGAUCUAUAUGUGGAACUCCUAAUUUCAUGGCUCCAGAAGUAAUAAAUUAAGAAUAGUAUGGAAAGAAGGCAGAUAUUUGGAGUCUUGGUUGUACAAUAAUAGAGAUGGCAACAGGAUAACCACCUUACUAUGAAUAUAAAGAUGCUAUAGCCAUAAUGGUUAAAAUAGGAAAAUCUAAAAACCCUCCUGAAAUUCCUGAAUAAUUGUAAUCUUGUGAAGCUAGAGAUUUUUUAUAAAGAUGUUUAUAGAUUGAUCCUAAACAAAGAUCAACAGCAGAUGAAUUAUUGAAACAUCCAUUUUUAGAUGAACCAAAAUAAAAUUCAUUAUUAAGAAAGAAUUCAUCAUAUACAUAUAAUCAAAGAUAAAUCUAGAAAUAGAAUAAUUAAGUAAAGACAUCAUUUUUAUUGGGUGAUGAUAAUUAAGAUUAAUAAAUGGAACCUGUAUCACCUUAAUUUUAAGGAUAAUAAGGAGCUACAAUAGAGACAAAUUAAAUUAAAGUAAAGAAGAAGAAAGAAAAACCUUAGUAUUAAUUAGUAAUUGAACCUGAAUAGAAUGACUGUAUUUUAACAGGAUAAGAAACAAAUUUGGGUGGAAACUAAAACAAAUUUCGAUUUGUAGAAUAUAAUAAUGUGAAUUAGAAAGAAGCAAAUAUUAAAGGAUUUAAUAAAGAGAAUAAGGAUACUUUAUAAAGGGAAUUAGAUCUAAUAUUGGAGUAAUACAUAGUAAAUUGAAAGUAGUG